AUGAAGCUCUUGUGGAAUAUGCAAGCCGCGUGCAGGGAAGCAUCUUGGCCUUAUGCUGCAGUGAACGGAUUCGGGUUUGACCUGACGUACAGUGACUUGUUUCGCUUCAGAGAUUAUUCCUGGCUGAACGAUAACGCGCUGCGUGCGUUCACUGUGUAUCUCGCGAGGUACAAGAAUAACAUCACUAUGAUGUUGCCCCCAACAGAUGAGGAGACUGCCAAACAAAAAGACAGCGACAGUUGUGGUAUUUUCGUUUGCCGUUUCUUUUGGAGUUGUGUGAGCGAUGCAGCUCCAAGUGACGUCUCGGCGAAAGGGUUGACGAAGCUGCGUUGGUCAAUGCUGCACGCAAUUUUGAAGAUGAAGCGGAAGUAG